CGGAGCACUAGCGAUAGUUGAUCUCUGCCCGGUUUCGUCUCCAAGUCGCCAAAUUGACCCGACAUCGACCUAACUUAACUCAUUGCAUCACUCCACCAGACCGCCCACGCGAUCAGCAAGCGCACUCCCAAGCCGGUUCUCAACUUGCCGGCCUCAACGCCUUCAGCACCUUUCGAUUUUACUACUGCCUAAUUACACCUCACCAUGGCUGACGCGCCAAAUGCGAACGAUGAGCUGUACCCUAUCGCCGUGCUCAUAGAUGAAUUAAAGCACGACGACGUUCUGCUCCGAUUGAACGCCAUCCAUCGUCUAUCAACAAUCGCGCUCGCUUUAGGUCCCGAGCGCACUCGUGACGAACUCAUUCCCUUUCUAGAUGAGUCGGUCGAAGACGAAGAUGAAGUUCUCGUAGCCCUAAGCGAGGAGCUGGGCAGCUUCAUCGAAUACGUAGGCGGGCCCCAAUACGGCCACGUCCUCCUCUCCCCCCUCGAGAACCUCGCAGCUAUCGAAGAGCCCGUCGUCCGGGAUAAGGCCGUCGAGUCCCUCAACAAGAUCUGCAGCGAGCUAUCGUCCCAACAGGUCGAAGAGUACUUCAUCCCUCUUACUAUCCGACUAUCUAAGGCAGACUGGUUUACCUCUAAGGUGUCCGGGUGCGGCCUCUUCACAGCUCCUUACUCGAAGGUGUCCCCUCCCGUCCAAGAACAGCUUCGCCAACAGUUUGGCCACCUAGUGCAUGAUGAAACCCCCAUGGUGCGAAGACAAUCCGCUACCAACAUGGCUAAGUUCGUGAAAGAAAUGCCCGCAGCUAUCGUUGUGGAGGAGAUGAUACCCCUUUUCCAGCACCUCGCGCAGGAUGACCAGGACAGCGUGCGAUUAUUGACUGUGGAGAUUCUAAUUUCUAUCGCCGAGGUUGUGCCCAAGGAGCAGCAGGGCAGCCAUGGCGUUUUGCUCACAUCGUUACGAAAUUUGAUAGAGGACAAGAGCUGGAGGGUUCGAUACAUGAUUGCUGAUAGAUUUGAAAAGAUUGCGAAAGCUGUAGACGAAGAGGUGGUCACUCGAGACCUAGUACCCUCGUUUGUCAAGCUACUGAAGGAUAACGAGGCCGAAGUUAGGACUGCUAUCGCCGGCCAGAUCCCCGGCUUCUGCACUCUGGUCGAUAGGACUACGCUGCUUAACGAUAUCAUGAGCUCCAUCGAAGACCUAGUCUCCGACACAUCACAGCACGUCCGUGCCGCUCUAGGCACGCAGAUCAGCGGCCUAGCCCCGAUCUUGGGCAAACAAGAAACUAUCGACCACCUCCUUCCAAUGUUCUUGCAGAUGCUGAAGGAUGAGUUUCCCGAAGUUCGUUUACAUAUCAUCUCGAAACUCGAACUCGUCAACCAAGUCAUCGGUAUCGACCUACUCUCCCAGUCUCUUCUGCCCGCGAUCGUGCAGCUCGCCGAAGAUAAGCAAUGGAGAGUACGACUUGCUAUCAUCGAGUAUAUCCCGCUCCUUGCUAGUCAGCUCGGCGUUCAGUUCUUCGACGAGAAGCUGAGCUCGCUGUGCAUGGGCUGGCUAGGAGAUACGGUCUUCUCUAUCCGAGAGGCUGCAACUCAUAACCUGAAGAAGCUCACCGAAGUGUUUGGAGUUGAGUGGGCUAGCGAAGCUAUCAUUCCGAAGGUGAUGGCUAUGGGCUCUCAUCCUAAUUAUCUAUACCGGAUGACGACUUGCUUCGCCAUCUCGACUCUCGCGACUGUUGUCAGUUUGGACGUGAUUGGAAAGUCGAUUUUGCCUAUGCUGGAAAAGCUUGUGGAGGACGAGAUUCCCAACAUACGCUUCAACGUGGCGAAGACGUACGCCGUGCUCAUCGACGUCUUAAAACGACUCCCCGAAGAGGGUACCGUCUACAGUCUGGAGAAGGCCGGAACGACGACGACUACGCCGUCUCCUCGGGCAACCGAGCUCAUCCAGCAGCGCAUCCUGCCGAGCCUGGAGAAGCUGCAGAAGGACGACGACGUGGACGUGCGCUACUUUGCGACGACCGCGGUAGCAGGAAUUCCCGGAAUGGGUGGGGAGCCUAUGAACACAUCGCCGUAGAUGAAAGAUUAAAGAGAACUCUUUCAACAUGCAGCCCAUGUACUAGAGUGUCCUAGUCGCAUCUCUCGCGAGAUAGCCGUCCCGAAUUGUCCAGCGUCAGUUCGUGCAAGGGUCCUUCAGAAGGUGAAAUUUUGAGGGUCCGUAGAGUAGAUGUAUGGGAAGCACGCACACAGUCGUCGAAUGCAUUUUUUGGAGGUUUGUGUCCUGCUCGGCAUUGAGGCCCGUAGGACUUUAAAGCU